UGAAGGUCGAACUCUACUUCCGGCUGUAAACACAUGACUUCACCGAAACGGGCGUGAGAGCUUUAAAAAAACUACAUAUUACUGAUUAGCGAUGAGCGCUAUCAAAAGUCGACACGCACCUUUUGAAGAGACUAAUUCAAGACUAUCAGUUGAUAAAAGGUUUGGAGCAAACAGUGUGACGGCAAAUGAGAGAAGUUCAUACCAGCAAAGGGUUAGGUCUGAAAACCCAGGUGAAGAGGAAUAUAUCAUUAGGCAGCCCGUAGCCCGCUAUGCAUCAAUCAACAGUGACAGAGCGGGUAACUCAAGUUCAGUACAGAAUGAUACUGAUGUCGAUGCCCUUUUGUCACGAUACAGGUAUUAUUCUCGGCUGGCACCACAUCAUGACAGUAAUUUGCUUAUGCCUGAUCAUGUGGUGCCUGAGAAUUUUCUUAUCAGAGUCUUGGUACCUGUUGCUGGAGAGCAGAGCAGCAUCAUUACUAUCUUUGCAUUAUGGAACACUAUGAUGGGAACAUCUAUUCUCAGCAUGCCAUGGGCAAUAAAGCAGGCUGGCUAUGUGUGUGGCAUUGCCAUGCUGAUACUUAUGGCAGCAAUCAAUGGAUAUACAAGCUACAGAGUGCUAAGAUCUGUGGACUUCUUUCUGGGUAAAAAAAUCUCAGAAUUUUCAGAUGUAUGCAAGCAUUUCCUUGGGAAAUAUGCUGAGAUUACUGCAGUGUUUUGCUCAUUGCUGACUUUGCUGGGUGGCAUGAUUGUCUAUUGGAUUCUUUUGUCCAGCUUCCUUUUCCACAUUGUGAACUUUCUCUAUAUGCACAUACAACAUAGUGUUAUUGACAACCUCCUACCAAGUUCAGGUAACUCAUCAGCAGUGUUUACUGAUGUUGUUUGUGAAGUAAGUGAAAAUGCUUCAUCUCUGAACACCAGUCAGACCAGUCCUUUGUACAAUGAGGUGUGGAACCAGGGCAAGACUGUACCUUUCUUCCUUCUUAUCAUUUUGGUACCACUUCUAAACUUCAAAUCACCAACAUUUUUCACGAAGUUUAAUUCACUUGGGACCAUAUCAGUACUUUACCUGAUGAUCUUUGUCACGGUCAAAGCUAGUCACUGGAGAUUCCAUCUACAGCUAGGAACAAGCACACAGUACAGAGAUGAUGAUCCUGACUAUGUUCCCAUGUUUAAAUGGACGUUUCCUGCACUUACCGGAAUAUCUGCACUGGCGUAUUUCAUUCAGAACUCUGUUCUUGCAAUCACUCGAAAUCAACGAAAUCCUCAGAAUAGUCCUCGGGAUUUGGUGAUCGCCUAUGCAUUAGUAGCUUUUACCUAUGUAUACGUCGGAGUGAUGUUUUUCACUGCUUUUCCACUGAGCAAAACUUGUAUAAAAGAUAAUUUGUUAAACAACAUUGCACCUAAUGACAUCAUGGCUUUUGUAGCACAAAUCGGCCUCUUCAUACAGAUGUUGUGCGUCUUCCCUUUACUAGCAUAUAUUCUUCGUGCACAGCUGAUGCAUACGGUUUUUGGAUCUUCCUGGCCUAGCUUGAGGCAUGUGCUGAUUCUUAAUGUCACACUUGUGGCCAUCUGUCUGGUUUUCACACUUUUUCUGCCACAUAUAGGACAUAUUUUGAGCUUCCUUGGUGCCUUUUGUGGUCUGGUGUAUGCCAUUGCACUCCCAUGCAUUGUUUACAUUGUGGCUAGCAGACAAGAAGGAACACUAACAUGGACAAAACUAAUCUUCCACAUACUUCUAAUGGCUGUCAGUGUUGCCAACUUUAUUGCCCAGUUCAUAAUUCUUGGUGCAGAUUCAUCCUGAAAACAAAUUCUGUUUAGUAGCUGACUAUAAAGAACAAGAUUCAGGCUGACUUUCUGGGCUUCAUGUUAAAGUUAUAUUUUUGAUAUGUUUAGUUUCCAGAUUAAUGCUAAAAUGUUUGGAUCUGACAACCGAGUGUGUGAAAUGUAGUAAAUGGUGUAAAUAUAAACUACCAAAGGACAGAGUACAAAGUACUGUUGAAGUGGUUGGGAGGCAAAAGGAAGAGAAAAGCAGAGACAAAGAGAAUGUGGUGAGAGAACAGAUUCCUGGGGAAAUAGGGAAAAAAAAAGUUUUGUCAGCAAACUGUGGGUAAAAAGCGACACUCAAAAAGGGAAAUUUAAACUAUGUAUAAUAUUUAGAGGCAGCUAUUCUAAAGUUCUGGGCAGAAUACUGUUUUCUGUAUAUGGUAGAAAAAUGGGAAGAGUUAUACUGUGUAAAUCACUGAUUUGACUGCAUCAGUUGUUCAUACAAAAUUUGCUAUUUGCUUGAUUUUUCGCUUUUGGUACAUAGAUAUCUUAAAAAUAUGAUGAUUACCUUCAUAUUUCUCAAAUAAAAAUGACUAUUGAAGUAUGAAACUCAUGUUUCACACAGUAUCCUUUUGAUCUGUGAUGGAAAUGUUUAAAUAUGAUGUUUAAUUAAUCAAUAUGACUAUUUUUUUUCUUUUCAUUGUUUUUACACAACUGUGUCAGAGAUUUAGAAUAUAUCCCACAAGGUAUAAAAUAUUUUUUUACAAAUAAAUGAAAUAGUUUUGAACACCUGCAAUAUGAAAAAAAUCACAUUUAACUGAUUAUAAAUUUACUUGUAUUUUAAUGACCAAUGUCUUAAGUCAGUGUAUGGUGUUUCCUUAUGUAUGAAGUGAGACUGCAAUGAGGUCUUGAAAGAAUAAGUAUACAAGAUUUUAAUAAGACAAAUCCAUGUGUGGUUUCUACUUCGCAUGUAUCAUGCCUCUGAGUGAACAUGUUGAAAGAGUUAUAAAUGGUUUUCUUUGCAUAAAAAUAAGAUACCUCCAAAAAAAAUAAGGUAAAAGAAUGUGAAGCUUAUUUAUUUUCAUGAAGACUGAAAUAUUUUUAAAAUGAUGCAGUUCUGACAGCGAAUGAAUGUUAAAACAGUUUUUAAGAAAUUGACCAAUGUAAUUUAAGUACAAGAUUUUCUUAGCUUCUUAUGAUAUUAUUUUGUGUUGGGUUUUUUUAAUGUGGUUUUAUCUGUAAUUUUUGAUGGCAUUUUCAAUGGAGAAUUCAUUCCCAAAACCUUAAGCAAUAUUCAACUUGAGUGCAAAAUUAUUUUCCAAUGAGUGUGCUUAGUUCAUUCAUAAAAGCUGAGCGAAAAAUUUCAUUCCCUUCACUAGAUAAAUCACAAUGCUCAUGUGGGUUUUAAAAAAGAGGUGAAUACCUCAUUUCCAAAUGCCACAAACAUAGAUUCACUGACUGUGGCAUAUGAUGUGACUUUCGUUAGAACUGUAAAUUUAGGUCCACAUGAUUUUCUAGAAGAAAAAAAUAAUUACAGUUUUUUUUGUAACAGCCAUGUUGUGUUGAGUAGCUAUAGCAACUUUCAAAAUAGCAUAUUGAUGAUUAUUCUGCUAUCUUUAUUGUCAUCUAUCUGACCAAAAAAUACAACCUUUUCAUGUGAUGAAGCAGAUAUUUUGUUCGAUUUGGCAAAAUGAAUUAAAAGAAUCAAGAUAAAUUGUAAAUGUCAUGCAUACCUUUUAUGAUCUUUACUUUCUAUUUAUACAUAGCAGAAAUAAAUUUCAUUAUAAAUUAUAUCAGAGCUAAAUUUAUAACAAUGUUAACAAUGUUACAAAAAUGUGUAAGAUCAUUCAAAAUGUAAUGUAAUGGUUAGAUUAGGCUAAUGCUAUUGACCAAAAGAAGAAGAAAAGAAAUACUGGAGAUUGGGGAACAUGUGACAGCUGUUCAGUCACAUCCACUCUUUUGUGAUUACAGGGUUUUGCUUUGAGUCUUUCGUAAACUUUAAACAUGGCUUUUAUUCUCCACUACUGGUUUUCACAGUUGUUUGAUAUAUGUCUAUAUUUUUACUCCACCUUCACUUAAUAUCUAUCAUGAAACAAUAAAA